AUGCUUCCUCCUGCCAGCACCAGCUGUAGGGACUUGCCCGUGGCAGUCCCGGCUCCGGUCCCUGCAACUCACUAUGCUGGCCUUGCCAGCCGCCGUUACUACGACCUCUCGUACAUAGCCAUUAUGUUCCUGGUAUUUCCUCUCUAUUGGGUCAAAGCCGUGGAUUGGCGCCUGUGCUCGUCGGGUUACCCAGAAUCGAGCGAUCCCUGGCUCAUCCGGGCCCCCUCACAUGCCUGGGUUAAAGGCUGGCCAUGCUCAGGGAAUCAGCUGAACAAACUGGCUUACACGUUAUCAUCCCCGGCGCCCUUUCUACGGAGCUUAAUGUGGCCGUUCAGCUACUCAGAGCUCCAUUUCUUUACUUCUUUUUAUACGGUGUUUGUGGGUGGCCUGGUUAUGCUCUUCAUCACUCGGGGCAGCGAUUACGACGUCUCCAAUACUUGGCGCCUGUCUUGGGCCUUCCUGGCUCGGGCGCAAGUGCGUGUGGGACCCCUCCUCGUGAAGGCCCUGCGGCCGCAGACGCCCUGGCCGCUGUCCAUCUCGCAGUCGCUGCUUGUGGACGCACCCGCUAACGUACCUUUCGCCUUGGCCUUGAUGGGCCCUUGGCGUCAUAUGGCUCUAGGAGCGCUCAUGGAUGUCGCCUACGUCAUCAUCGUAUCCCGGUUGUACGGCCCCAGUUGGCCGUACGCCAUGCCUCCAAAGGCGAUGGUGCUGCUCUAUACGGCUUGUGGACUUUUGACGGUUUUCGUGUCCGCACUUCUGGGCAGACGAACAGCAACGUCUCCAGGCAGAGGACUAACGCCAGGGGGCUUUGCUCCACGGGACGCCUCCUUGCCCAAGUCCCCCAAGGUGGGCCUGGAGGUGGUCCACGGCGCGCUGAGCCUCCCAACCCCCUGCGGAACCGCCACCAAGAUGAAUCAGAACGUGGCGGAGGAGGAGAAGGCGGAGCAGCAGCAGCAGCAGCAGCAGGAGGAGGAGGAGAAGGAAGAGGAGCACAAGAUGGAAGAGGGUCAGGGGAGUGGGCGUGAGGCGGGAAACGUCCAGCUCGCAAGCCCGCACUGCAAGCUGGGCCAGCUACAUCGUCCGCUGACAGUCGCGGCUCCGGUGUACGACCGUGUCUGCGCGGGGACUUCACGGCUGGACGAGCUAGACGAGCCGUCAGCUCAUGCACCGCCAGCUGCCGCCAAGUUGGGAUUCACUGAGGUUGCAAUCCGCUGGGAUGGCGUCGGGAGAUGGGCUGGGGACGUUGACGUGGACGUUGACGGGGGAGGUGAGAAGUCUGAGGGCAUUGGCGACAGGGACGGCUGUCUUGGACUGAUGUGGAUGCAUCUUUAUCUUAAAGUGCCGGGGUUGGAGCCCUGGGAUUUGCCGCCGGGGGUUGAUGGACGGUUGACGUCUGCGGUGGCGGAGGCGACGGCCUGCCCGGACGUCGCCGUCGGCACGGACAUUGCUAUCCGAUCCGGCUGUGUGGAAGUGCAUUUGGAUUUUGUACGGCAGGCAGCUCCAGUCGUCACUGGGCCGCCGGCGGCGACGGCGUCAGUGGGGCCGGCAGUACCGGCAGCAGCACCCGGGCAAGCCGGCGUGACACCGCUGCAGGCAGGGCCCCCUUAUGCCGCGGAUCCCCGGACAGGGCUGAUGACGAGCAAUAGCCAGUUUGCGCCGGCAUCCUCAGAGCAGCAGGGUUUGGCCAGCUGCAUCCUGCAGGCGCUGGGUCUGCCGCCCGGGUAUGACGCGGCCGUACGGGCGCAGGUCGGUGCGCACCUCCUAACGCUCACACCGGCGGCGGGCUCGGGCGGUGGCUGGGCGGUGCUGGGGACGCGAUGCAUUCAGCCGCAUGAGGUCCCCCGCGUGACCAAGAUAGAGCCGCCAGUAGUGGUGACAGAGGCGGCGGCGGGAGCAGGCGCCGCCGCCGGACACGUGGCGGCGGUACUGCACCUGACGAUUAGCGGCUCCCUGGAGCGAUUGACCAUGGCGCACGAGGACACGGACUUGGAAAUUUUGGCGCUCUUUGAGGGCGCUUUCCUGAAGCUGUCGAAGCUCCGAUGGGGGCCCCUGGAGCAGAGCCAGUUCGCUGCCGUCGCCAAUGGUGGCGGCGGCGGCAACGUUGCCACCACGGCAGUGGUGGCGCCACGGCGCGUCGUGCAGCUUCCGCCCUGCCUGGCGCUGAGUCAGCGGUCUUUAACUGUGAACAUAGAGCUCCCAGCGGGUCGUACGGGAGCCGUCAGCCUGCUGCUCAUGCGCCGCGGUACAGCCGGUCAAAACCACCCAUUGUUGUUGUUGCAGCCGGGCGACGCGGCGAUCGCGGCGGAGGUCUCAGCGUUGCAGGAGAGCGGCGGAGCCGCCGCCGCUGAUGACCCUCCCUCGAGCAGAGUCGCGAGCUUUAUCCGGGACCUGGGGCACUGGUUGCAGUACAGAGACUUUUGGCGCCGGAAGGCGGCGGCGGCGGCUCUGUUGGCUGCUUCCGCCAGCGGUGUUGGCGGCGCCGCCGCUGCUCGCCCGUCGAGUUAUCUGGGGCCCCGGCUGUCUGUGGCAUGGAUGAGGGCAUGGCUUUCUCGGAGCCGGUGGAACGAUGCUGGCGGCGCCGCUAGCGGCGGCGGCGGCGGCUGCACGAACUCCUCGGCGUGGUUGAAGCUGAAGCCACGAGGUCUUGGAUGCGUGGUAGGUAGGUCGGCAGCGGCGGCACCGGCGCCGCUGGGGCAUCUUGCUGCUGCGGUUACAUCCAGCUCGUCCAGUCACGUGGUGACGGCCCUGAACUCGCACCCAGCGUACUCAGCGCAGACACAGGACGAUUCGGAUUUGCUUGACCAGGGUCAGCCAAGCGGCACUGACACCGGUAACGCCAAUACUCACUUUUACAGUCUGCGCCGUGGUGGUGCUGGCGGCGGCGGCGUGAACCGGCCGGUGGCGGCAGUGCCGAUGACACAGCACAGUUACCAGCCAUUCACCCAUGCGCAGCAGCAGUCAAUUCCCCGUGGCCAUGGCGCGGGGUCGUCGUCGCUGUCGGUGGAAGAGCAGCAGCGGCUGGCUCAGGGCUCUCUACCAGCGUUUGAGCAGCGGGUGUAUCAGGGCCACAUGCAAACCGCGCGCAGGGUGCUGCUGGAGUUUGCACUUGAGCAGCGAUGUGUCGCGGUGGCGGGGGCCUUGCUGGAGCCCGCGCCGGUGCCCCUGCUGCCGCUGGCAGCACCGGCGGCCAGUGCCGCCAUGACAGCCGCAUACGGCUCCGCCAGCUACAUCGCCGAGCUGGCAGAGUCCAGCCGCGCCACCAACCCCGACGGGCUGACGCUGCUGCACCGUGCCGUACGCAGCGGCGAUGCCGUUACCGUGGACGUCAUCCUUCGCGCCAACGAGAGGGCAGCGGAGGCUGCCGCCGCCUCCGCCGCCGCGGCGGCUGCGCCGCUGCCAGCGCAACUGCUACGACCGGGCCACCACUUCGUCCAGGACCAUUCAGUUGACGACCAGCGGCGGCCCAUAAGCUUGUACGACUGGAGCACACCAGACGUGCACGGCAUUACGCCGCUGCAUUACGUGGCCGUUUUAGAUGACGGCGGUGCGCUGGCACGGCACGUGCUAGCCACACACGCUGAAGCUCAAGCGCUGUGGAACGCGGCUCGUCCGGACAUGCCGUCGCCCGCGUCGUUUGCGGCUCAGAACGGAGUCUUUAUCGACACGGCGGCGUUGCAGCGCGCGCAGUUGAAACAUGAGGGUGAUGUGGGCAGUGGCGCUGUCCCUGGACUCCAAAUGCAGCGGACGCAGCAGCAGCAGCCCCAGCAACAGCCCCAGCAGCGAACUCGCCCGCUUUUCCUGGCUGUCGUGUUGGGCUUCUCCUGCGGUGAAUUGGAGCGGUGCUACCAGCGAUACGCACGUGCGCAGGCUCAGAGCGGCGCACUGCCCGCCUGGCUGCUGCUGCUGCUGCUCCAUUUGGUGGCAAGCGCGGCCGUGUUGUUGCAGGCCUUUACACAGCCGCACGCCUGCUGCCGUCGCGCGAUGCUGCCGCUGGUGGUGCUUCAAGGCGCUGGCUUCUUACUGGCGCUCUGCUGCUGCUCUCGACUCGUGGGUCUACCCCGGGGAAGCAUCUGUCGCGUUGCCGCAUGGGCCAUGCAGGCGCUUGCCCUCGCGAUGCUGCUAGCCAGGACCAUCAGCCCGCAGUCGAUGCCCUGGACUCUCAGCUGCUCUGCAUCAGCAACUUCAAGGACAACGCAAGCGGGUCACGAUGGAGCGGGUGUUGGUAGUGGCGAUGAUGACAUUCGGUUUUCAGCCGAUGGAACCUGCGGCAGCACCACGUUUCACCACGGCCUGCUGGCGCUGUAUCAUGCACUUGCCGUGCUGUCGGUGCCGUACGUACUGCCGUACGCACUGCACAAGGUGCUGGCCGUGCAGGCUGUCGAGGUGGUGGUGUGUGUGUUGCUAAUGACGAGUUGCUGGGCGCUGGGCUGCGCGGGAGGUUUCGGAGCCUCGGCCAUUGCGGGUAGUGACGGUGACCAUGGGAUUGGCGGCGAGGCUCUGCAGGGCGCAAUAGGACUGGCGGGCGAUGGCGGCGUCAACGGCACUGGCAUCUGUACCGCCAACGCCGCCGAUGCCGCCGUCGGCGGUGUCGUCUUGGGCGGCAGCGAUGUCGGUAGCCUGGGUUUGUUGUGGGCGGGAGGCGCCGCGGCCCAGGUGGCGGGGGGUACCCUGCUUCGCGGCUGCAGGCUGCAGGCUGCAGCAGACCCUGUGAAGAUGCAAAUAAGCUGUCCGGACGGACUGCGGCUGUCCUUGGGGGCAUGGCAGAAGGACGGAACACCCAGCGGAAAAGACCGGCCAACGGGGGCCCCGGCAGAGACGGCGGUGACGCCGGGGGCAACCCCAGGGCCAGGGGAGGAACCCUACAUUGCCCCCGCGGUCCGGGAGGGGGUGGUGCUGACGGCCGUCGGGGUGAAGGUGUUCGUUGACAUGGAGGUCGCGGGUGUGGCGGGUGAGGGCGGGGAUGGGAGGAAGGUGCUGAAGGUGCUGGUGAUCAUGGUGGUGGUGAAGCAGGAGAGGGUUGGAGUGAUGCUGCGCCGGGUCAUACACGGUUCCUUUGUCCAGCUGGCAGAGGUCGUCACGUACACGGGGCAGGCGGGUAAGGAGCAGGCAAUUACAUGCAGGUGUACUGUGGGCUGCACGUGUUGGCUGGUGAAAAGUUCGUGGGCAAGGAGAAGGAGGACGAUUGAGGUGAUGGCUCUGGUGUUGAGCUGUGAGUCGGUCGUGUCCUUGAGAGCAGAUGUCCAUCCAGCUAUCGUUAAUAUCUCCGAGGACGAAGUGGUGCAACGAUACAUGCCAACUGGUGUUCGUGUGGUGCACGUUUCUCAGCAGCCAUCAAAGGAACUUCCCUUUCUCUUCUACCUCCCCGACAUAGAUGGAGCUGGUGUUACAAGUAGACUCCAAUGGAAGGCAUGGUCCGAACGCUUCGACAUGUACGCCCUCACGCUGGACGCGGACUACACCUGCAGCUUUGCAGAACUGGUAGCAACCACGCAGGACUGGCUGCGGCAGGAGCUGUCGGGCAUAUCCCCCUACCGGCCGGUGUACCUGCUGGGUGAGGGCUUCGGCGGCGUCCUGGCCCUGCAGCUGGCGUGGGACUGCAGGCGCCUGGUCAAUCGUCUGGUGCUGGUCAACCCAGCCACGUCAUACUCCAACUCCCAACUGGCCCGCAUCACGGCCUUCCUGGAGCGCCUCCCACCUGCGCUACGGAAUGUGCAGCUGCCCCAGCUGCCCCCCUCCCUACGGUUGUUGCCAGUGCCACCAGCCGCGGCACUGCCGGUGGCGCUGGCGCCGCUUCUUGGAGCGAGUCCACAGGCUCUUCUUCGGCAGCUUGUGGGGAGUAUCAGUCAGCAGCAGCCCGCGGAAGCGGUCCAGGCGCUCAACCGGGCGCUGGCGCAGGUAGAGCAGAUCUCCGAGCACCUGAGUCCCGCCACCUUCCUCCACCGUCUGAAGGUGCUGGAGGAGGGUAUCAGAUUGGUUGAACCACAUUUGGGCCGCAUUCCUCAGCGCACGAUGGUGCUUGCGGGCGGUCAGGACUUUGUUUUGGGAUCGGACAAGGAGGCGCAGAGGCUAGCAGAGGCCAUGCCGAGAGCCUUUGCAAAGGUGCUCCCAGACUCGGGCCACGCAAUGCUGUACGAGCCAGGGGGGGACCUUUUACCGCUGCUGGACGAGGAGGGCUUCUACAUCAAGCGCCGCGUGUUCAGCUCCCCACCGGCUGCGGGGGCGGGGGUGGAUGUGAAUGCGUUCGGCACAGCGGGGCCGGUGGAGGUGCCGAACGCGCAGGAGGUCCGGCGUUAUGCCAGGUCCUGGACUGUACGACUAAGAGAACUCAACAGCCCCGUGUUCCUGUCCACAUUGCCUCGGGACGGCACUCGGGUUCUGGGACUGGAGGGCCUGCCGCUCAGAAAGCAACCCACGGGUCAACAUCAUGAUGAGGAUGAUGAUGGGGAUUGUGGCGACAGCAGCAACAGCCGGCCGCAGCAGCCGAAGGGUUUCAAAGAAGCGGAAGCGGAGGGCAGCUGUGAUGGCGGUUACGGGCCGUUGCUGUUCGUUGGCAACCAUCAAUUGUACGCAUUCGACAUGUCGACGUUUGGGGCCGUGAGAGUCACCCCCACCGCCAUGUACCGCCUGCUGGCAGCCGGCGAGGCGGUGCUGCUAUACCCUGGGGGGGUGCGUGAGGGCUUCAAGCGCCGCAACGAGAAGUAUGAGCUGUUCUGGCCUGCAAGGUCGGAGUUUGUGCGCAUGGCCGCCCGCUUCGGCGCCACCAUCAUUCCAAUUUCCGCUGUGGGUUUGGAGGACUCGUUGGAGAUCUUGAUGGACUCGGAUGACAUCCGCAAGAGUCCCCUGUGGGGUGCCCGCGCCCGCGAGCAGGCUGCGGCGGUGCCCCCGGCCCGUGUGGGGGUGACGGCGGAGGACGCGCCUGACGAGACGUUCAUCCCCCCCCUCAUCGCGCCGUCGGUACCGUCCCGCUUCUACUUUCUGUUCGGGCGACCCGUGCGCACCUCCCCUGCCAUGUACCGGGACAGGGCCGCGUGCGACCAGGUAUACCGGGAGGUGCGGUCCGAGGUGGAGUCCGGCAUCAGCUACUUGCUGAGGAAGCGGGAGCAGGACCCAUACCGGGACUUCCUGCGCCGUUACGUGUACGAGCAAAACUUGCCGUUUGGGCCGCGUCGCGUGGCUCCCACAUUCAAGCCUUGACGCUGCUGGGCUGCGGCUUGGCUUGUCCGCAUGAGUCUGGGUAUUGGGCUGUGCUACGCUGGGCUGG